AUGACUAAUACUGACUUAGUAAUUUUAAACAUUUCAAAACAGGUUAACACAAUUUCUGAUGCAUCUAAUCUUAGUAAAACUUGUUCUGAAAAAUCUAAAUCAUUAGAAGAUAAAGAAAUUAAUGUCUUUUUAGAUUCAGAAAAUAAGAAAAGGGCUAGUUUGGAUAAUUUGCCAAAAGCUGAG